UGACAUCGUGCCAAGGAACCCCGCUAGAGACCUCGUGAUAGAUGGCGUGUUGGCACGAGUCCCUGCGUUCUCCAAAUGAACCGGCGGAGCCGUUUGUGCCGCAUGAAAAGCUUUUACCUGCUGCCUCAGCUGUAAUUGAGAUCAUAUGAAUGGCAUCCGUCUGCGGAACCCCAUGCCCCCAACACAUCACCAUGGCUGCUGCUGAGAACACCAGCGUUCUCCCCGGGGCGGGCCGCUGCACCAACUGCAGCUCCUUCGCCCACCCGAGGGUGGACGUGGCCAAGGCGGUGGUCUUGGGGCUGGUGCUGGUGCUGUUUGUCGUGUUCGGGGUCCUCGGCAACAUCCUGGUCAUCCUGUCGGUGAUGCUCCACCGGCACUGGCGCUCCGUGACGCAUUACUUCAUCGCCAACCUGGCCGCAGCGGACCUGCUGCUCAGCUCCGCCGUCCUGCCCUUCUCCGCCACCUCGGAGGCUCUGGGCCGAUGGGUGUUCGGCCGGACCUUCUGCCUCGUCUGGGCCGCUCUGGACGUCCUCUGCUGCACCGCCUCCAUCCUCAGCCUGUGUGUGAUCUCCAUCGACCGCUACCUGGCUGUCAGCUACCCUCUGCGCUACCCCGCCAUGGCCACGGGGCGGCGAGGCCUGGCGGCGGUGGCGGCCCUCUGGGGGCUCUCGGCCGCCAUAUCUGUGGGCCCCCUGUUUGGCUGGAGGGAGCCCGACCCGGAGGACGAGAUGGUGUGCCGCAUCACGGAGGAGCCCGGCUACGCGCUGUUCUCGGCCCUGGGGUCCUUCUACAUCCCUCUGGCCAUCAUCCUGGCCAUGUACUGCCGGGUGUACACUGUGGCCAAGAGAGAGACCAAGACGCUCGGGAGGAGCAGCGAGGGGGCGGGCGUCGAGACGGAAGGGGUGGUGCUGAGGAUACACAGGGGCCACGCCGCUCCGACGGGGAAGCCCGAGGGGGGCGACGAGGGGGCCGCGCCACACAAGCGCAGCACCUUUUCGCUGCCAAGGCUGCUGAAGUUCUCAAGGGAGGAGAAGGCCGCCAAGACUCUCGGAAUUGUUGUCGGGUGCUUUAUUCUGUGCUGGCUGCCUUUUUUCCUGGUUUUACCCAUCGGAUCGAUCUUCCCGUCCUGUAAGCCUUCUGAAACCAUCUUUAAGAUAACUUUCUGGCUGGGAUACCUCAACAGUUGUAUCAACCCCAUCAUCUACCCAUGCUUCAGCCGGGAGUUCAAGAAAGCCUUCCACCACGUGCUGCGUGGACGCUGCCUGAGAACCGGGCUGCCAUCUGCCAAACCGCAGGGACACCUCGCCGCCCACUCCUCCAGUGCGGGCCCUAAGCCCGAUACCCGUGACCGACCGGCCCAAAGCCACGUCCCUCCUUCCCGGUGGGGUUGCUGCGGGCCGCUGUCGACCUCGUCCUCGUCGUCAACCUACGGCCCGGAUCCGGCUCAAGUCCCGAGACGGGGUCUGCUGAAGGCGUGGUGUCUCUCGGCGAGUGGAGCGCCAGCGCCGCAGAACCCUCCCGGGCACGAGCCAGCCAAGGUCCUGCGCCUUUCUCUCGGCGUGACUGGGGAGGCUGUUUGAUCCGCAUACUGAUGCUACACGGUGGAAUAUUCUUGCCUCCAGGCUUGGUGUUUCAUGGAACCUCUUGGGAACAUGCAUGCAUAUUAAAGUCCCACGGAGGCGUCGCCAUGCAGUCCGACGCAGUGACAUUUGCUUCCCGAGCAGGCAGACGAUAACUCUGUCGCCUGCAGGCUUUAUGGCGGUGUGAAUGCCUGCAGUGUCAAAAAAUAUGGCUUGGCAAAGUGAACGAGUAAUAUUUUGAAUUCACUCAACAGCCUGCACUCAGCUGCUCUUCAAAAGAGGCCCGAGCAGUACAUGUCAAAGAGUUUUCAAUAGGAGCUACUGAUCUAGUGAUCAACAGGAGGAAGAAUGUGAUGGAUGAGCUCAGCGUCUUUGGACCAAAAGUGCAUUGAAUGCGAGAAUGGACAGAGAGAUUUCACUUGAAAGCCAAUACAAUUGAUAACGGAAUCUCAUUGAGAUGGCAUCUUAAAAGAACUCCAGGGACCUGAGUUCUUUAAACAUGAGUGGUAUUUCUGCAGGUUGCACAUUCUUACAUUUACUGAAAAUUUUGCAAUCACCGACAGCCCUGAGAUGGCAUCUGGUGUAAGCUGGGUUUUACACGUGUGAACUGUCCUAACUAAAAUGACUGUGUACAAAAAACAGUGGGGAGGUGAGAGGAAUAUUAGUGCUUAUUUGGAUGUGAGAUAAAUAACGGUACAACCUCGCAAUACAGUGCAGUCCCACUUUCGUUGAGGCUGCAUCAAAGUUAAAUCCACUUUUAAUGUUUGACAUGGCAGCUUGUGGUGCUGCUGAAUAAAUGAACAGGUGUUGGGUAGUUUUCUCUCUAUUUUUGAGUACUGUUCCCCUCCCGGUGCAUUUCUCCAGAGUUGUGUUUUGCACCGUGCAAACACCGGAAAAAACUUCAAAAUGUCCUGUUGUUUAAAACUUCUUUAUGAGUUAUUCAGUGGUUCAAAUUGAAUCUGACUGACAUUCACUGUAAUGUGAUGAAACAGAUAUAUACUUUCAGUUCCCACUGUGUUGCAUUCCAACCCCAGCACAGCGCAGGCCUCUUGUCUUCUUUCACUGGACUGGAAAUUAAGCUUACCCCCAUGCCCUAUAGGAGACUUUUACAUGUUUCUUAUUUAUGCAGUGAGUGCACUUAUGCUCAAACUUAAAGAGGACGAAAAAACACUGAGGCGUUCAUCACCACAAGCCUCCCCUCCCACAUUAGAGUUUUUGUCGGAUUAUACAAUGUUGAUGAACUUAUCUUCAUGUUCUCUCUUAAUGUGGCAUUGUGAUGGAGAGACGUCGCUGCGAGGUUGUUGCCAUACAGUUCGCAUCACAAAAAGGUAAAUUCAUUAUAUCCCUGCUGCAAUAGAGGCUAUAUAAACAUAAAGGACUAUACGCUUCAAUACAGAGGUUUAUGAGUCAGAUGACAGCCAGGAAGCUCUUUAUCAACAUUGAGAACUCACUGCACUCAACCCUCCCCGAGUGGCCAUCAGCAUAAUGGCACGGUGCUUGUGUAGCAUGUAUAGCACCUGUGUUCCUCAGCCAGGAAAACAGGCCGCCACGUCACCCGGCGUCGACGUGAACGUUUGAUGGACAGCGCUUUAAUGGCUGCGUUGCAGUGGUCUGAUGGGUUCCUGCGAUUGUUCUCUGCUGCGCUCGGAUUAAAGGCGUCGGCGUUUCACCCUGCAGACAUCAUAUCCGUGAGGAAUGCCUGAGAACGCUUAUCUGGGAAAUGCAAUGCGUUGAAGACGGAUGAUUUUGUCUUUGUGGAAUCACCUGAGGGAACGCGGGAAGAGGAGUAACCUUCGUUGUGCGUCGCUGUACUUAAAACGUGAUGUUAUUGUGAACCGUUCAGGGGGACAAAUGCCUGUGUCUAGACUCUUGUAAACCUCCACGCUUUGCAUCCCUGUAACUGUGUCAGACAACUAAUAAACAUGCAGCUCUCGUUGUCUGGCAUUACACGGCCAGGCACGCAGGGUUUCACUGCAUUAGGCGACUAGUAGGGCAGAAAGAGAUGCAGGGGACUUUUCAUUAGAGGCAUUGGCUGAAUGGGAUAUUAGUAAAUACAAUACAUCUUUAUAUAUUCUUCAGAACCAUUGCAGCGUCGAAAAGUGUAAACAUGGAAAAUUAAUUUUUAUCUCGAGUGACUUUUUCUUCAUGUUUGUAGGUCAAAGCAACCAAUCUCAAUUCAUCCUCCCCUUUUUUUUUCCUGUAAAGCAAAAAUUCACAACUUUGCACAUCUGACGCUGUCUUCAAGGAGAAACGAAACCAUGGAAAAUAUGAAGCAAUGGCAGUAAUACAGGGAGAAUCAUCGGGAACCAUCUACGCUGACAAUGUUGAGACUCAUCUCAUUUAGGGGGACAAGUCAGUAAAAUCCCAAAAGCAAGUUGUUUUAGUAAGGAAAGACAUUAACUUUGGGGUAAGAUUAAGAAUUAAGAAUUUGGCAGGCAGUAGCUGUAUUGCGAAGGUAAUUCCAGGAAAUGAAGGUACGACCUUUAAGCCCCGAACCCUCAGGGACUCAAUCCCUUCGCCUCCCAUCGGCUCAAACAUCAUGAAGGGAAACAAAGCAUCACGUAGUUCGUAGUAAGCAUGCGGCUCUCACUGUCAACACCUCAUUCAAACAGUGUUGCGGGAGCUGUCAUAUUUAGGCACAGCGCGUUGUGAUGACUGGGGUGCUGGCUCCCAUUCCUGCAAAGGGCCGUUCCAUCACAAAUCAUGAUGAUCAUGAUCUAUGAUGACAUUUGACACAUUGGUAACUGUGCCAGGAAGUAAAUGGAGCGUCAUUAUUUCAGCGUCAAAACUGGAGGAAUCCCUCCAAACUUCUUCUGACAGUCUUCUCCUCCCGAGCAUAGAGUUCAAAUUCUAUUGACACUUUUGGAAGACACAACUUCUGCAUGUGGCAAAGCUACAGGAAAGAAAGUACACACAAUCCAACCACGGCUUAAGACAGCUGCGACGUCCCUGUGUCUCUGCAGCGAUUAGAGUUGACAAACUGUCCCCACCGCCUCGUUCUCGUUAAUAAUUCUCUGUUUCGUUGAACGUUUAGAUGACACAAUGUGUCACAAGGGGGGACUGAUUCUCUCCUGCCAGAAAAGAUAAGUGGUGUUUCAUUAGUGAAGAUUAUCUCGCUGAAAGAAAUGUCCUAAGUAUCGUGUUUGCCACCGGGGUAUUUCAUCUUCAACAGUCCAGAAAUCCAAUGAAGAAUUCCUCCCCAGCACCUUUCUAUUUGUGAGCGUACACGGACAACACUGCAGCCCUCUGUCUUUUCACAUCCCUCCUAAAGUAAAGAUGAAAGAGAUCCGACACUAAAAGAGAGUUAACGUUAACCCAUAAUAAAAAGGACCUUUGACAAUCAAAUGCAUGUAUAUCCCACUGGCCUGGCGCCAAUGUAAGUCCCAAAAUGACCCUCUUUUCUCUGAACCUCGCUGUUUUCAGCUGGCUGGAGGUAAACAAGGCAAAGCGGUGCCAUGAUUGAUUUAAUUAGCCGCUUCUUAACAGCUCACGGUGCUGCCACUUGUGUUUGUUAAAUCGUGCAUGUGUGCGCGUGGACUUGAAAUAAUGGGUUUGAAUGGCGACAACCACUAAUUAAAAUGUUUUUGACAAGACGUGUGAGAGGCAGCUCCUCACAUGUAAGAUGUAUUUACUGCAAUACUCUUGUCACUGAACAUUUGUCUGAACAGCCCUCAGACGCCAUCUGAAACAUUGGGUUCUCUUUGCUGCAAGCAAGUUGCUCUCAACUUCAAAACACCUUUUUCUUCGGAGCUAUCCAAAAUUGUGACGGGAUAUUUUGCUAGUUAAGCCACUGAUUUUGCGCUUGUCAAAUUCUAAAUAGCACAAUUUCACAGUGACCGAGCCAAGUGAUUCGAGCGCUCUUAGAAGGCCUCGAGUUCCUUCAGCAGCAAAAGCCCUUUCACAAACGUUUAUGGGGGUGUGAUUCUGUGCACUGAUUUGUGACCACAGUUUGACUCAGGCAGCAAACGAGCACAAGCAAUGCUGCGACUCGUCGUUCCAAAAGGAAAGGCAUACGGAGCUUGAAAGAAAGCAUGAAAAGAAUGCCGGGACACUUCAGUAGACUUGCAUUGAAUUGAUGGAACUUUCCCUGUGGUGCGUUAUCAGGUGAGUGGGCAUUCAAAAGCUUCACCUUUAUAUUUACUAAUUCAAAACAGAUCCAAUCCCCAAUAUAUUUUAUAAGCACUACAAAGCCUUCGUUUUGAUGCACUGUGCCCCAAAGUUAAAGGGCGGUAAUUGGCUUCACUGUUUGUUUGCAUAUUAACUUUUAAAUUGGCAUUAAAGAGCAUUGGCGGAUGUAACUCUUACUGUUACACUUCUAUGUCCAUGGAAACGCAAGCAGUGUGUUUAGCCACAUUCUGCCUCUGUCAUUUAUAAUAUAUUCAAUCAUUUCAUGGAUGGGAAAGUAGGCUGAAUGGUGAGAAUACAGGUGGAUGGGAGUUUGGCCUUUAAGCACUUUCCACUUAAAAUUCAAAGAAAAGAAUCCUUGCAGAAGUAAAAUACAUACUUUUCAUGUGAAUUUCAAACAUUGUGUAUAUAUUUUGUCAUCUUUUCUCACUUCAUCCCCCCUGUGUGCCUCUGAGGGAGGCACAUGAAAGUGCCUCUGAUGUGAAAGAAUGCUUUUAAGUAGGAAACAGUAUCUAUUCAUUAUAGUGCAGGUUUUCACGUCAGGUUCAUAGUUACCUGGUGACGGUUCAACAGAAGUUCCUGGAUGAUUUGGUAUCAACAUGAAUAUGACUGCAGUUGAUUAACAUGCUUUUUAUUCACUCAGUCAAUGGGAUAACCAGAUCACCACAAGAUGCUACAAUGCCAUGACACAAUCUUACAGCUGAUACAAUUGUUCCUUCAUUGGCUGAAGGCAGAUGCGCGUGAACAAGAUGACAGCACUGCCACCUGGUGGAGAAACACAAAACGCAUCCUCCCGGUGGAGGUCUGCUGAGCACAGUGCGGUGUGACGUGUUAGCACCCUGCUGUGCUUGUUUUUGAGGCAAACAUAAGCUGAGCUGGUUAACCCAUCCGGCAGGAGACUAUCCCAUCAUGCACUGGGCAUGAAGGCGGGGUAGAUCCUGGUCUGUCACGGGGCUAAAACAUUCUCACCCAGACGUGAUCUGACCCCUCCAGGUGACCUAACGCCCUAAGACUUGGAACACAGCGCACAGAUCAUCAGCGCUGUAGUGACGCUCGGUUCAAACGGUUCCAUUCAGUCCUACGUACAAAUAAAAAUGUUCUAUAUCUAUAAGCUGCUAAACAGAGUGAAUUAUCUCUUAAAUAGAGCUGUGGGGGGCAGUGGGGGGCCUUCAGGGCCAGCUAAGCCUUCUCUGCUCGCUUAUUAUAAGUAAAAUUCAUGUUUUAUAAGGAUUCCCCCCCCCCCCUUUUCUCAUUGGGCAGCUCCUGUCUUCCUCUCUUUCACUGCUUCCAAUGCAGCUGGUUUUAAAGAGAGCGUUUAUCCAAUCAGAUUCAGCCCCUCUGCAGCUUUGACUGUAAAUACAUUUUGUUUGUAGCAUGUUGGUUGGUCUAUUGUGUUGUGUUAUUAUAUGGUUAAUAUCGUUCCCUCUGAUGUAAUACCUAUUUGAAUGGCCCUUGCUCCUGAGUGUGCUGUGUUUCAGUGGCACAGUUUCGAUGGAUUGUUUUGUUCAAAAUAAAAGUGACUGGUCCAUGUGAGUGUGCUCAUGUGUCAUUGAGUUAAUUACAUAAAGCUAAUUAUGCAGCAUACCGUAAUGGUCAUAUUCAUGUACCUGCAGUUAGUGUAUUGUAGGUGUCGAGCCUCAUGUAACAUUUCAUUUCCCUUUAAAUGUGAAUUACACAAAACGUAUCGAAACAUUUACUGCGGCGUCACAACGAGGUUAUUCGGUUAUUCAACUGUAGCACGGCACAGAAGGCCGAGGUGGAACAUGUGUCGUGCAUCAUGGUUUAUUUAUUCCAGAGAAAAUCAGCUCGUUUCGUCUCGCUCCUUUUGGUUUCUGUGGUUGCCAUGGUCACACGGCGAGCGACAGAUGCCUGCGGUGUGAAAAAAAAGCCUUUUCUGUGUGAGUGUUGCUUCGGUUCCACACGGCAGGGACAGCGUGUCAACUCUGUUGGUUUCCCAAGCGUAACAAGGCCCCUGACCGAACGUAGACAUCAUUCAUAAGGCUGGCUUUACAACCACUGCAUGGCAGCUGAGCCAACAAUGGAGAAUACAUCCAUUAGGGCCGGCUAAUGGAUGUGCCGAUUGCUCUUAUGGAUCCAGUAUGAAAUGUUUGCGUAUGUUCAGUUUGUUUAAAUGAAGAGGGGAAAGGUGGAGAAUGAGAGGCAUUGUUUACUCCGCCCACAUGCAUUUAUUGGGACUCAUUUACAAAAUGUUUUCCAUAGCAUGCAUUAAACAAAGUCGAUUUUUGUCGAGCGUGUGCUUCUUCUAAAUGGCUUGGUGAAUAUAAGGUGCCGUGGAAUAGUAAGUAACUUGUGACUGUAACAAAAAUGAAUCCUAAAAAGGUUUGCUCAGUUUUCUCCGUGUGCUUUUUUCCUUCAGUGUCCACAUUUCACGACUUUCCCAUAAAAUAUCCCAAACAAAAGAAAGAGAGAUUGUAUACCCUUUUUCUCAUUUUUUUUUAAUUCUCUGAAGUCCUUGUUCUUAUUUUUGACAUCACCAUCCAUGGGACUGGAUCGUUUUUCCAUUCUAAGCAAGCAUCCAAGAAACCCUACAGCCAUCAAGACAUAUACCAUCACACAGUUUGCACUUUCACAGGG